GCAUCCUGGUGACGGCGACCAAGAACUCCCAGGACCGGUACGACUACAACGUCACCACGGUGGUGAUGCUCACCGAGCUCUGCAAGCUGUUCGCCGCCACGCUGCUUUACCUGAGAGACCAUCCAUUUCAGUCCCUGCUCGUGGAAGUCAGCAAAAACCGAAAAGUGCUCUUCUUGUACUUCGUGCCUGCGCUGCUGUACUGCUUCUACAAUAACCUGGCCUUCGUCAACCUGGCCGCAUUUGACCCGACCACUUACAACCUGCUGUUGCAGUUUAGGGUGGUCAUCACAGGCCUGUCCUUUCAGGUGCUCUUCAAGAAGCAGCUGACACGAAAGCAGUGGCUGUCCCUGCUGCUGCUGACUGCAGGAUGCAUUGUGAAACAUCUUGGUCUGCCAUCGAAGUCGCCACAUGCUCAGGUCGGCAACGUGGCCGGCUUCUUCAGCAGUUUGUUCAGUGCUCACAUGUUGCUGCUGCUGCUGCAAGUCUUCUGUUCCUGCUUUGCUGGCGUCUACAAUGAGUUCCUGCUCAAAGAUACGGGUGUCAACAUUGACAUCAUGAUCCACAACGUGUUCAUGUACAUUGACUCGAUCGUCUGCAACGCGGCCGUGCUGCUGGUGCGCGGCGAAGCAUGGAGCGCGUUCUCUCGUGCUUCGGUUGCGACGCUCGUCAACCCGCUAGUCAUCGCUAUCAUCGUCAACGGUGCCAUCUGCGGCAUCGUGACGUCGGUCUUUCUGAAGAGCCUCAACUCGAUCCUCAAGACGUUCGCGAGCGCGCUAGACCUGUCUGUGAUGGCUGUGCUCUGUUGGAUUAUCUUCAAGAUUCCCGUCGACGCGUACACCGUCAUGGCGAUUGCUAUCGUGUCCAUCGCCAUCUACUGCUACUCCCAACAGCCCGUUGUGAACAAGCCCAAAGAGAUGCCACGCUGUCGCGAUGACGACGACUUGGAGCGCGGCCUAGUGAACGGUGGUAAGCAGCGGAGUGCUGCCGUGAGUGCAGAAAAAAGCGCUGUACUAAAUGUAUAAAUAGCUUUUACAUAGACGACAACAUUAAUUAAAUAAGGUGUGACUUCCUGGCAGUGCACAGGUAACCUUCGAAGUCUACGACGACUGUUGCAAUAUCGGUCACAUCUCUCUGGCCAAGCCUGAGGGUACUAUUGUAUGUAAAGUGCACGCAUUGUGGGAAACCUAGUCUAUAUGUACAGUCGCGCUCAAUAUGACUUGCAACACUGGCAGCACAUGGCCUCAUGAGUUCGAAGAUUGCGCAUGGCUUCAACUUGUUUUUAUUUCAAUAACUAAAUGGUAUUUUUGGGAUCAUACUCCAGUGAGAGAACAGCGUUUAGUUAUGGAAAUAAAGGCUACUGGAAGGCAUGCGCAGUCUUUGAACUCAUGAGGCCACAGGCUCCCGUGUUGCAAGUCAUAUUGAGCGCGACUGUACAUGCUAUUCCUUUCAUUCAUAAUCUACAAUAUGGCUUUCUAAAAAUAGCCUUUGUUGUUUCAUUACUGUGCAAUAUUAUUUUUGGACAGCGGUAGUCUGCUGAUUUGUCAAACCUUAUAGCAUCUCACUGAAAUAUUGAUCAAUCUCCAUUGACUAUUGCAAUAACUGAUGGCAAUACUAGUGACCUGUUGGGGACAUCGUCAUAGUUUGUGAUUGUAGCUUAAUGCUAGGUCCCUUCAAUUUUGCACAAUUCUUACAACGAUCAGGUCUUCGUUUGCUUGAACAAAUGGAGACAAUAGUAAAGGGUACCUCGUAAAUUCUUACGUUUAUAACAAGGUUAGUGUACCUUUCUUCUUUGUUGUGGAGGGGAAGAGAGAGUGUUCUUUCUGGAUUUGAGUAGCCGUGUUAAGAACCAUAUAAUGGCCAUUAACAAGAUAUCCGGUACUCCAGCAACUUGUACUAGCAAGACAACGUGGAAGUUAUGCAGUGCCGGGUUGAUAUGGGGGCUUUAAUCUACAAGUGCUUUUUUUUUGCAGGAUUUCUUUUUUAUUGACAUUGCUCCAUUUGCUGUUCACGGAAACCAAUGCAAAAGAAAAAUGAUAGCCUUUACUGUGUAUUGCAGCCUGUUCUUGUAGCACGAAAGCUCGUUUCCAAUUUCCUUUUCACAGUCGACAAAAGUUUGCGUUAUGAAUAUAGAUGUGAUCUACGUCUACGGUCUGUGCAGAUCUACAUGGCGCUUUUGUUUUUGCCAACACCCCUGGCAUUUUUUGCCUUGGAAGGCGGGGGGCAUUUGUUGUGGCAUGAAAUUUUUUUUAGGCGCCGGUAAUAUACAAUUACAAGAUGGAAUGUAUGACGCCUAGGUGCUUUAUUAUAGCCUAUAUGUUAACAAGUUAUGUUAAGAGUCAGUUAUCAUAAGAGUCAGAAUAAAAUUUGAUUAUUCUAACAUUUUCCUAAUAGAGAUUGUUAAAUACAGGAGUCAUAGACUCUAUAGAGACACUAUACAUAGAUACACGGAUAUAUGUUGUUGCUAUCCCUUCAGUUAAAAACAGCACGUUUUCAGGCAGUUUUAUCAUUUAUUUUGAGACUCCAAAGCAGAUUAGAAGUUAAAUGUCGGUGCAUAGUGCAAAUAAGGUGAACAAAUUGACAACAUGCACCAAGUUGUUUAUUCUUCACACAUCAUCUAUAAUUGCAUAAAAGUGGUUCUAUAUUAUAUUACAGGAAUAUGAGCCAAGUGACAAACCAUAUGUGUCUGACAUUUUGUUUGUUAAGGUGCCCUGCUGGAUGAGUAUCUUUUCUUUUUCUGCUUGCUAAAAGCAAUGUUUUGUAACAUGCAUGCUUAAUCGAAGCGAGGAAAGCCCAAGCAUGUGAUGAUUUGUGUUAUUUAUGUAAACAGUAUAAGUGAGACGAGUGGCAUCCAGAUCAAUGCAAGCACACAAAAUUUGAGAGGAACAAAUCAGCGCUCCCAAGUGAUAAAAACACUUGUUAACAAACACUUCAAAGUCGUUCAAGGUUCGCAAGUUUUGUCAUCUUUUUCUCUCUGUCACUUCAGCUUAUCACCAAUUUGUAAAAUUAUAACCACAAAAUUGGUUGAGCCCAUUGCCAGUAAACACUCAUUAAAGGACCAGGUCAUUCCGUACUAUCACUUUUAUUCCAUAUAUAUAUAUAUAUAUAUAUAUAGCCUUUAUCACUUGGACUUCAGUACUUCAUUUUUACUUGUCACAUAUUAUAUAAAUGGUCAUUCUUACUAAAAGUUUUUGAAAAGCAUAAGUUUGCUGCAAGCAAUGUAACCCAUGCUGUCAUUCAUGUAUCAUGCGAAAUGUAAUUGUGGAAGACUUGAGAAAUUUAAGCUUACAGUGGUUAGAGGUUGCAAGCAACCCCAACAAGCAAUGCAACAUUUUGCUUCCUUGCCAAUUAUGUAACUUUCAAAGCAUUUUGUAGUCGCUUUUAACGUCAGUGAGUUGAAAAUUCUGGUUAAUCUGAACUUUCAUGUGGCUAAUGGCCUAACUUAUUAUGAAAUGCUGCCUUGUUUGCAUUAAGAGCGUAAUGCAUUAGGAAUGUAUUGUCGAGAUGUGUGUAUAUUUGAAACACAGGGCACUGCUUUUUGAUUUGAAUGGCAUCGCUUCAACAUAAUGAUGCCUUCCCAGUUGCUGAUAACGUACCAGUUAUUCUGGUCAUAUGUAUCUAUUUGUAAUUUAAUUGUGUGUGAUGUACUUGCAUUUUAGGCCACAAUAUUGUUAUAAAUGAUGCUGUGCUUAUUCAGCUGCAGAUUAUUUACACUUUAAAUCUGCAUCGACUCUGCAAUUACUUUUGAUUGGCUUGAACAUUUUGGCGCAAGCUUUUACAUAACAGAGUCCAUAGCGAACAUCAAAUGAUUGCCAAGACUUUGCUUUCAAGCAAAGUAACUCAUACAAGCCUACAGUACUUCUAGGCAUGGUUUACGUAGACCACAUCAUGGUUGUGGGAUCGAUCUACAUUGUUUCUUUGAAUCAUCAUAAAGAUGCCCGUGGGAUUGCACCUUAAUGAAUGUUUGCAGCAAAGCUUUUUCACUUCUUGUCAUGACAGAGCUUCGAAUACGAACAAUUAUUGAGCGCACAUUUUUGUGAACCGCAAUUUAAAUUAAUUUUCAAGCAUUUUUCAUAAUGCUCCUAGUCUGUCGUGCUUUCACAAGAGAACAUUUUAUACGUGUUUAUUGUGAGAUGGUGCAGGUUCCCUAGGCAGAUGUUCCUUUAUUUUCAUAGCGAGUCCAGUAACAGAAUAUAUUGUUGCCUUUUUAAAAGCCAGGUAGUUCACUCUUCUUACUUUCGGUAACGUUGAUUCCUGUUGUAUAGUAUGAAAUGCCACAGAACUUAAUGCUGUGAAUUCUACGAGAAACUUCGAAUGCAGGCUAAGCCUUGUCUGUGAUACGAGUGAUGCCCUUUUUUGACUGCAUAUCGAAUCUCAGCAUAAUGGUGACACAAAAACUACGAAUUCACUGUCCAUACAACAUGGACAGGAUUAAUGGCAUUGUCAAAGUUCUUUGGAAUCUUUAAUUCCUUUAUUUCGAAAGCAAGUGUCACAUGUUUUUUCAUGCCGUUAAUAGGGUUGCCACCUGUCCGAUUUUAGACUGGCCAGGCCGGUUUUUCAGAUGGCGGGCCGGUUCGCAUCGGCCACCAUUGGCCGUUUUUCUUUUAUAAUAAUGCCAUUAUUUAUUUUUUGGGUGUUUUAUAAGCGUCAGUUCAACAACUACGACGGUAAAUAUUUAUCGUCAAUCACCAAAACUCUUACGCUAUUAGUCAACCACUUUCUGGGAUCCCUUCAAGUCUAGCGAUCAUUGGAAUAGAGUGUAUUAUUGCGCAUGUAUGGUACAUUAAUAUCCGACAUUUUUGUGGCAUAUGCACAUUUUAACGUUCCUUUGUGUCUGUAAUGCUACUGGCCUGUUGGAUUCAGAUGCAAAGGAGAGCUUUUUUAUGGACAAAGCAUUGUGGUUCCUUUUCAGUGCAGCACAUUCAAAGUAAUAAGCGAAGCGUCAUUCCAAUCACGGGUACUUUUAUGUUAGCAGUUAGGCUAGUUGGUUAGCUGAGUGUGCUGCUUUUGUUUGUGCAUUGGGUUUAUUUGGCUCAAUGAAAGCAAUGUUACAUUAAAUGGCACUGUAUGCCGAAGAAUUGACAUAGCGUCUAUUGUUCAACAUUAUUUUAAUCUCCUGUUAACACCCCCCCCUGUCGAAGGGCCGGUUUUUUUUCAGGAUAAGGUGGCAACCCUAGCCGUUAACAGAAAUGGUGAUACUUUCAGUGAAUGGUGCGAGACUGCAUACAAGUUUUGAUUUGAAGUAAACAAGUUUAGUGUGCAAUACGCGAGAAGAAACAUUAUAUUAAAUAUAGAAUGUAUAAAUGUAUAUGCAUUUAGUAUUUACUUUGUUUCUUUACAUUGUUUUGCAUGUACACCGAGGAGUUUUCAACUGCUGCAGCUAAAUCCUCACCGAACGUGGUUUAAGCAUAAAUGUUACCUGCAGCAUCAAGGAUGCCUAGCAACUGUAUUACAGCAAUCUUUGCGUGCAUGCCAUGCAAGAUUAGGCAUGUCUCAACGAAACUGCGUUUUUGUUGCCGUUUUUCACAGGCGUAUCCAGCUCCCUUCUAGGAUGCAUAGGAUACAUAGAGGCAACAUUCAGAACGUUGUGGCAACAUUGCGUCAUUAAUUUGUGCUUCAAGAGAGAGGAAGGGUUGGAGGACCAAAAGCAAGGAAUGUUUAGAAGUUUGAAUGUUAGCAUAUUUGUUAUAUAGUGCCUGAUGGACUCGGGUUUCGUUUUCUUUUGUUUGGUGUUGUGAUGUGCAGUGACCUUAAGGUUAGAAACCAAAGUUUUUCAUAAGUUGUUACAGUGUAAUGAGAGGAAAACAAGAAGGGUUUACACAUUUUGUUUUUAGGACAGAAAGUGCAGUUGAUGCACGAAAUAAAGGAGUCUUCAUGCUGA